UACCUACAGGUAUUUGUUUGCCUAUAACCCAGAAUCGGGCAGUUUAUUCAGCUUGAGAUGCUCUCUUCCCUCAAACGGUACCAUGGCUCUUCGGUGCCGUCCUUUCUCACUACUGAAACCAAAGAUGCCACCCACUUCUGAACGUCCCUUUUAUUCUUCCAGAGCCUAAGCUCGACUGACACUCCUGUCACCAUCCUGCGCUCAGCGCGAGAAGGUACUCUCGAUUUCCGACUAUUGGCCAACUGAGGACAUGAAAAGAAAACAAAGAGAUAUGCACAAGAGUUCGAGAUGGCUACAUUAUGUGACACCGGGAAAACGUGUCUUUGAAGUCAUGGAAUACCACACCCGUCCCGACUGCCUCAGCCUCGAGUGCUUGUCCUACUUCCCAGAGACCGAUAUAUCAUAUCACCUUCUGUACGUCUCGUAUCCUUGCACUCGCACCAAUCAACUCGUCUCUGAUAUUCCUUGCCCAAGAAGCCGCUGCCCCUUUCCACUCGCGACGGCAGGCGAGCAUCCCCUCAGAAGCAAUUCUCUGCGUCCACUAUCUGCCAUCCUCCCGUACAACCACCUGCUCCAAAACUUUUCAAUCGCUUUUCAGUCAGUGGCUACACCGUCUCCCCUUCCAAGUACAAGAGCACAUCACCCUCACAUAGCCGCAAGAAGGUCGCCAUAGCUAUCGCAAAGCAUCUUUUCAAAUGGUCGCAAACUUGUCCCUACGAACUAUCGACAAGUCUCCGGCGAGAAAUGCCGAUCACACUGGCUAUUCGAACAUCAACAGAAGGGUAUCAUAGCGUGUAUAAAGGAGUCAUGGAAAUCUCAUUGUUUGAGAUGGAAUUCACAACUCCGAUUCCAACAGAGAACCCGGAUAUCAUCACCCAUCUUUCCCUCAUUUGUUUUAGGGGCCGCUCCCUGAGAGCUCUCGAGAGGAUGCAGAGGCAUAGCGUCUGAAUUGAUAUGCCUAGCUGACAGGGCUCGGAGCCUAAGCAGGCAAGCAAAC